AAGCCCCAUGGCCCCGUCACAUCACUCGUGAAAUCCUCUUUGCGACUCCAGCACAUGAUCCAUCGACAUCGCCCCGGACCAACGACCAUCUUUGCUGCGCAUACACUGGAAGCGCCGCGCAAGGUUGUAAAAGCCAAAGCUAUCCAAAGCCCAUCUUGACCUGCCACCCAAGCCUUGCACUUCUGCUGCGAUCCAUUCUCGUCCUGACCUCUGAAACCGCACGCAAACGCCAAGCCCGACAGCCUCGCCAAAGAUGCGUCUCUUGACUCACAAUCUGCUGGCCUGUCACGCCAAAUCCUGCGUAUCCACCUCCAACAAUUUCCCACUCUCUUUCAAAGAAGUCCAGCUGGAACUGAUCGAGGCUGAUUUCAACGAGCCUUUCUUACGAGGAUUUCUGAACAAGGUGGACUGGAAUGCGUUGGUUGUCGCUUCGAGACAGUUGGGCGAUGCGAGCUUGCCUGAAAAAGGUCCGGAUCCGACGGACCCAAUGAUCGACGGGGAGACGCUCAAGGCGCUGCACCACGUGCUGCUUGAGAUCCACGUCAUCGAGGGCCAAAUGGUGUGUCCCAACUGCGCCCACAUCUUUCAGAUCAGGAAUGGCAUUCCAAACAUGGUGAGCGCGAGCGCGAAGUGUUAAGACUAGCAGUCGUCGGAUCAGCAUCGAGGCGCUUCAUGACAAGUGCUGCGCACUUCUGACAUACCAAACCCUUCAACUCUCGUCCCCUCGCAGCUUCUAGCAGAGCAUGAAGUUCCCAAGUGAUCCCGCACACAUCUGCCUAUUCUCGAUGAACACGAGGCAUGCGAAGAUCAUUCAAACUCAGGAG